AUGGCUAACUUAGAUAGCUCAUCUGAGAAUGUUUCUACUGAUUCAAGAGAUGAUAGUAGCCAAGAAUCAAAGGUGGAGUUCUCAGAGGAUGAGGAGACACUCAUUGCUAGAAUGUAUAAUUUGGUUGGGGAAAGGUGGGCUCUAAUUGCUGGAAGAAUCCCAGGAAGAACAGCUGAAGAGAUUGAGAAGUAUUGGACUGCAAGUGAAAAAGAGAAAAACUUAAAGGCCCAAACAGGCCCAGAUGAAGCACUGUGUUUCCUCGUCCCUCUCAUCACUCCCCCUUCUCCAAUGAUGGUGAGAGUCACCACCACUAACCCUAACCCUAACCCUAACCCUAACGCUCGAAUCUUCACCUCCACCACGCCCUUCCGCUUCCUCACACUCCUCUCCCUCUCCUUCCUCUUCCUCUCCCUCCUCCGCCGCCACUCCACCCUCCGAUCACCGGAUCCCAUCUACUCCGCCCCAUGCGACCCCUCUCCUUUCUCCGCCGCCACCGAAACACCAACAUAG